CGCGCCGCCGGUGGCGGGGCUGUAGCUCUCCGGGCUCCGGCGGCGGCGCUCUCCUCGGCGUGUCUGCGCGUCUCCCAGCCGCUUCCCAGCGGCGCAGGCGGCUACGCUUAAAAUGACGACUGUGUAAUCUCAGUGGAAUAAAUGGCGUCCAAAGUCACAGAUGCUAUAGUCUGGUAUCAAAAGAAGAUCGGAGCCUACGAUCAACAAGUCUGGGAGAAAUCUGUUGAACAAAGAGAAAUCAAGGGGUUAAGGAAUAAACCAAAGAAAACAGCAUAUGUGAAACCAGACCUCAUAGAUGUUGAUCUUGUGAGAGGGUCUGCAUUUGCUAAGGCAAAGCCCGAAAGUCCGUGGACUUCCCUGACUAGAAAAGGGAUUGUUCGAGUUGUGUUUUUCCCGUUUUUCUUCCGGUGGUGGUUACAAGUGACAUCGAAGGUCAUCUUUUCCUGGCUUCUCGUCCUCUAUCUUCUUCAAGUUGCUGCAAUAGUGUUAUUCUGUUCCGCUCCUAGCCCACACAGCAUACCUCUGACUGAAGUCGUUGGGCCCGUAUGGCUGAUGCUGCUCCUGGGGACUGUGCAUUGCCAGAUCGUUUCAACCAGAACACCCAAACCUCCUCUGAGCACGGGCGGGAAAAGAAGAAGGAAACUAAGAAAAGCCGCCCAUUUGGAAGUCCAUAGGGAAGGAGAUGGAUCCAGCACCACAGACAACACCCAGGAGGGGGUGGUCCCGAGCCACAGUGCAGGCUCCUCCUACGGUGUUGGCGCGGUCUUCAGAGAUCUCUGGCACGCUGCGUUCUUUUUAUCAGGGUCAAAGAAAGCAAAGAAUUCAAUCGAUAAGUCCACUGAGACUGACAAUGGCUAUGUGUCCCUCGAUGGGAGAAGGGCUGUGAAAAGCGGUGAGGAUGGAGCACAGGACCACGAGCCUCAGUGUGAAACCAUUCGAGCCGAAGAUACAGCCUGGGCCACCCGGACUCCAAGGAGUGUCCGUGCCAAAGAUACCCAGAGGAAGACAGCAAAUGUGUCUGACGAAGUCUCCAGCGAGGAAGGUCCUGAGGCGGGGUACUCUCCGCGCUGCCAUGUGGACAGAGCGUCUGAAAGCAGUCUUCGAAAUAGAAAGGCACACCAUUAUAAAAAGCAUUAUGCAAAUGAGGACGCCCCUAAGUCGGGUACUAGUUGCAGCUCUCGCUGUUCAAGUUCCAGACAGGACUCUGAGAGCACAAGGCCAGAAUCUGAAACGGAAGAUGUCUUGUGGGAAGACUUGUUGCAUUGUGCAGAAUGCCGUUCAUCUUGUACCAGUGAGACAGAUGUGGGGAAUCCGCAGAUUAACCCCUGUGUGAAAAAAGAAUAUAGAGACGACCCCUUCCACCAGACUCAUUUGCCUUGGCUUCACAGUUCCCACCCGGGCUUAGAGAAAGUCAGUGCCAUUGUGUGGGAAGGCAAUGACUGUAAGAAGGCAGACCUGUCUGUGCUUGAGAUCAGCGGGAUGAUAAUGAACAGAGUGAACAGCCAUGUACCAGGUAUAGGAUACCAGAUAUUUGGAAAUGCUGUUUCCCUAAUCCUGGGCUUAACUCCGUUUGUUUUCCGACUGUCCCAAGCAACAGACUUGGAGCAACUCACAGCCCAUUCCGCCUCAGAGCUUUGUGUGAUCGCUGUUGGUUCUAACGAAGAUUUCAUGGUUCUCUCUAUGGUCCUCAUAAGCUUUGUGGUUCGAGUAUCUCUUGUCUGGAUCUUCUUCUUUUUGCUGUGUGUAGCAGAAAGAACAUAUAAACAACGACUGCUCUUUGCAAAACUCUUUGGACACUUGACAUCUGCAAGGAGAGCUCGGAAAUCUGAGGUUCCUCAUUUCCGGUUGAAGAAAGUGCAGAAUAUAAAAAUGUGGCUGUCUCUCCGUUCCUAUCUCAAGCGUCGAGGUCCUCAGAGAUCAGUUGAUGUCAUUGUUUCUUCUGCCUUCUUGCUGACAAUCUCAGUUGUAUUUAUUUGCUGUGCUCAGCUGCUUCACGUGCACGAGAUCUUCCUCAACUGUCACUACAACUGGGAGCUGGUGAUCUGGUGCAUCUCCUUGACACUGUUCCUCCUGAGGUUCGUGACUCUCGGGUCAGAGACAAGCAAGAAAUACAGCAAUACCUCCAUAUUACUUACAGAGCAGAUAAACCUCUACUUGAAGAUGGAGAAGAAACCAAACAAAAAGGAGGAACUGACACUCGUGAACAACGUUUUGAAGCUGGCUACUAAACUCCUGAAGGAGCUGGACAGCCCCUUCAGGCUGUACGGACUCACAAUGAACCCGCUGCUCUACAACAUCACCCAGGUCGUCAUCCUGUCCGCUGUCUCUGGCGUCAUCAGUGACCUGCUUGGGUUCAACUUAAAGCUCUGGAAGAUUAAGUCCCUGACGUUGAGACGUGAAGAGGUGGCCCGUGUUCCAGAGCAAGAGUGCUGAGGAAGCUGUCCGGAAGCAGUCGCUGCCUCUGCCCCGGAGUCUGCUGGGAACCAAGUGUUUACAUCAGACUGCAUAGUGCAAUUCUUUUAUUUAUUUUGCUUGUUUACUGUUUUUGUUGUUGUGUGUCUGUCUGUGUGUGUAUUUCUUUCAUUCUUUUUUUUUUACAUUGGUUUUAGUCUGUUUAGAGCAUUGUAGUUCUUAGCUGUUGAAAGGGUGACAAAACCGACCCAGAAACCUGAGGUCCUGGUAAUCGUCCAUAAAUAAUUGACACAUUGUGAAACUCAAAGCCAUCACUAAGCACUGUUUCUGCAUCAAUGCCGUGAACUUGCCUUACUCGAGGAAAACUUCAACUCCGAAAUAGUGCAUCGGACGCAGCUAAACACAGAACAUUUACCUUGGUGAACCAGGAUCCACUCGGGGUCGCUCUUGAAGUCUUUCAGAACAGUGCUGGGAUGUAAGCCGAUGAAGCUGCAGCUGAAGCACCCUUCAGUAUUAAUAUAUGGUAUUAUGUCACAGGUCAACAAGUGCUCUUUGAUAAUAAAACCCUAUGGAGCAAUAAUUGUAAAUGGUUACCAUACUGUAAAAUAUUUUGAUAAAAAUUAAUUAGUGAUAAAUGUAUUUAUUUGAAACACUGAGCUGUUUGCACAGCUCCAGCUGUGCACGCUCAGUGCGUGCACUUUUUAAGAUUGUUACUUUCAGUGUAUAUCUUUAUGUGGGAUGCGUUACAGCGUACUAGGCAGAAUACGGUAUCCUUCUGAGUGAGGUCUGCCUCGUCUCAUAAGUGAAGUGCCUUACCGCUUUUACUAAAGUAAGCUACGUUACUCAAAAGAAUUUCCCAUGGUACACUAGAGCUUAUGCUGUUCCUACCACACUUAAGUAAAGCUAAGAACCAACAAAUACUUAUCUGAUUGCUAGUUAUAACAUUUCUGUGUCUUCUGAAACGACAGCUUCGUUCCACCACUCCUAACCUCUGAAUUUAAUCUGGUGCACCCAUCCUCCUGCUCAUUAUUUAAGGGCUAUUUUUAGAUGCUUUUAACUCGGAAAGCUAGCUUCUCUCCCUUCAGUAACUUGUCAAGUGUCCCGCGGGAGCUCAUCAUGUUUCCUGAUUGAUAAAUAGGGCAGAUACAAUAGUCCCCUGCAUCUGGCCUUGAUCCUAAGUUGUUACAUCUGUACAAUCAGUAGAAUUUUAAUAUGUGAAGCAAAAUAUUUUUUGCGAUUGCUUUGUUUGAACCAAGCAUUUGAUUUCUAAAGCAAAGAACGUAUUUGAAACAAUCUAGAAUUUUCUUGGUGCAAAGUCACAUGGAAUAUAUUCAUAUUUUAGUGUAUUUUAAGGGGUUUAAAUAAUUAACUGUAAAUAAUUUAUUUGAUUGGUGCAGUUCUCAUUCCCGAAUCACUCUUACUAUCAGGAAUGUGCAGAGGACGGAGCCACGUGACGCCACGUUGCCCUUCCUGCUCCUUUGACUAGCCUGAGGUCAGCCUCAUGGUAGAGUGCUCUUUGUGUAGGAAACGGCACACAGUGUUGUGUUCCAUUUGCCUGUGUUCUAAUCUGUCGAUAAUGACCAAAGUGCAUUCUUAGUAUUUUCAAGGAAUGUAUACCUGAGCUUUAAGAACAUACUUAAGUUUCUCACGUGACGAAUCAGGCUUUGUCUGACAUGUUUCUUCCUCUGUUGUCUAAUGUUGAGGUUGUUUUUAGGCGCUAUAUUUUAUAAACUUUUUCAAAAUAAGGUACAUACUUAUACAGAACUCGACAUUUUGCACAGAUUAUAUCAAAUAUAUUUUGAGGAAAACAAGUACAGCAUGAGUUCUGUUAGUAAUAAAAAGAUGAAAUUAUUGUAUCUUACAAAAACCUAUUUCAGAAUGGAAAUAUUUUUGAGAAAAGUAGCGUGAGUAUACUGAUUUAGGAAAACGCUUGCUUUAGGUCGCAGUUGUGUUUCACAUAGAGUCGGGAGUUGGUGGUACAGAAUACCUGUCAGCAGUGUGACACACUGUUGUGCCGUGAGUGUGGGCAACCGUAGAAUACUGAAAGGAAGAUGUUUUGAGCAGUUGGUAAUGUUAACAGAACCGUUUCAAAGUAGUUGACGUCGCUGGCUUUAAGGAUACUGUGACUGUAAGAAGUUGAGACUGUAACCUACCACAUCACAGAGAAGAAGCAUUUCAGAUGCAGAGGUAUGGCAGGUGCUGUGUGCGGUUUCUUCGCUGCGUGCUGUUUUUAAAAUAAAACAUCCUAU